AUGGGGAAGUGGGAUAAUUGAGUGGACUUUAUGAAUCCUAUAUCAAUGGCCAGAUGGAGGGGCCCAACUCAAUCUGUAGGCCCAACAAUACAAGAUUAUCUGAAUCGACCAAGGCCCACCUGGGAAGAAGUGAAGAAACAAUUAGAAAAUAAAAAGAAAGGCUCCAAGGCAUUAGCUUAAUUUGAAGAAAAAAUGAAUGAAAAUUGGAAAAAAAAUUUAGAAAAAAGCAGAGAGAAAUUAAUAAGUGAAAAUGAAAGUUCAUCCAAACAAAAAAGAAAGAAAGAAAAAGAACAAGAAGAAAUCUUAUCUUCUUCAUCAAGCUCUGAUUCUUCAAGCAGUUCAGAUUCUGAGAAUGAGGAAAAGAAACAAUGAAAAAAGGAAAAGAACUGUUCAUACAGGUCAUCAGAAAGCUCUACAUAUGAAUCUGAACCAGAAAGCAAGGAAUCUGUAAAAAAAAAGUCAAAGGAUGAAACAGAGAAAGAAAAGUAUAUUAGAAGAGUCAGCAAAAAAAGAAAGAAGACUUAUCCUGAAGAUAAACCUUUCUCAUUAGAAUCCUUAUCAGAAUCAGAUUAUGAAGUGGAAGUUCAAGCAAAAAAGAAGAGACAUGAAGAGUGAGAAAAAGCAACAGAAAAAGCAAAGAAGAAGAAACAUCACAAGAAACAGAAGAAGAAAAAGAAGUCAGGUUCAAGUCACAAGUCAAGAUAA